AUGUUUAGACAAUCAAGGAAAAGAAUUGCUAAUAGAAGAAAUUUCGAUUCCAAUGAACUUAAAUCAGAUGGUUCUUCAACUCAAUUAAUUUUUAAUUCAGGUUUAUUAAAUGAAGAUGAACGUAAACUAUAUGAAAAAAUUUAUGACUCCAAGAUUUCCUUCUACGAAUUACCUCCUCAAGGUGAAAUUACUUUGGAUCAAUUUGAAACUUGGGCAAUUGAUAGAUUAAAAGUUUUAUUAGAGAUCGAAUCUUGCAUCUCAAGAAAUAAAUCAAUCAAAGAAAUCGAAAUCAUCAUUAAACCUUUACUGCAAAAAUAUUUACCUUUGAAUGCAGAUUCCUUAGAUGAUAAAAAAAAGGAUUAUUACUCUCAUUAUAUAUUGAGAUUAUGUUUUUGUAGAUCAAAGGAAUUAAGAGAUAAAUUCGUAAGAGCUGAGACACUUUUAUUUAAAUUAAGAUAUACUAUGUUGACAUCAACAGAUCAGUCAAAAUUUGUAAAUUCUUUAAAUUUACCUUUAUUGCAAUUUAUAUCCCAAGAGGAAAAAAAAGAAUUGUCACAACAAUUAUUUACAACUAUCUCACCUGCAUUACAAUUUCAAUUAAAUUUAACUGAUGAUCAACAAAGAAGACAAUUCUUUCAACAAGAAAAAUUCAUAAAAUUACCUUUUGAAAAUGUAAUAGAUUUAGUAGGUUCAAGACAAGUCUUCUUGAAAAACGGUUAUGCUUAUUUACCUCAAUUUCAACAAUUAAACUUGUUAUCAACUGAAUUCUCGAAUAAACUUUCAGACGAAUUAAUGAAAACUUAUCAAUUCCUACCAAGAUUGAACGAGGAUGAUAGAUUGAUACCCAUCUUACAUCACUUAUCCUCCGGUUACUCUAUUGCCGAUUUCCAAUCAUCUCAACAAUUUAAUAGUUCCAAUGAAGAUAACGAAAUUAACGCUAAAUCCGUUUAUUCAAAGGAAAUAUCAGAGUGCUACCCAUUAUGUGUGAAAAAUCUAAUGGAUGGACUAAAUGAAACACAUCAUUUGAGAUAUAAUGGUCGUCAACAAUUAAGUUUUUUCUUAAAGGGUAUUGGAUUAAGUUGCGAUGAGGCAAUGAAUUUUUGGACAGAUGCAUUUACAACAAAAGGUGGACAUUUAACUGUGGAUAAAUUUAAUAAAGAAUACAGAUAUAAUUUCAGACAUAAUUAUGGUUUAGAGGGUAAUAGAAUUAAUUACAAACCCUGGGAUUGUAGAACAAUACUAUCGAAACCAAGACCAGCAAGAGGUGAAUUCCAUGGUUGUCCUUACAGAGACUGGACAGAAGAAAAACUGUCAUCUGAAUUGAAUAAACUAAAUUUAUCAAACCAUGCAAUUACAAGCGUUUUAGAUUCUUGUAAGAAAAAUGAAUAUACAUUUGCAUGUACAAAAGUUUUUGAAGAGACGCAUCCUGGCAUAGAAAACCAAUCCAACGCAAGUGAGAAUACUGAUGCUUCAAGUCACAUAGCACAUCCUAACUUGUAUUUCGAUAGAGCAAGACAGUGGCAGAAGAAACACAAAAAAGAUAAUUAA